AAAAACAUUACCAUCUGACAGUUCAUUUAAUAAUACGACAAUUUGAUUAAUUUUUUCCUCCAUACUCUUGAUUAUCUAUAUUUUUUUGAAAAGUAAUUGAUUCUGUGAGAAUGCCUUUGAUUUCAGAUGAAACUGGAUCUAAACCAACUCUAGAACAAAAACAAAAGUACCGUAAUUUGAAGAAGAAACUAAAGCUACUUAUUUAUGAAAAUGAAUAUUACCAAGAGGAACUUAAGAAGUAUCAAAAGGAAUUACUCAUUAUUAAUCGUGAUAAAUACUUCUUGAUGGAUAAAUUAUUGAAGUAUGAAAAUAUCAGCUCUUCCUCCUCUGACUCCGAUGCCACAGAAUCUUCUGAAUCUGAAGUGGAAGUUAAACAAGAACGACCAGCUUCUGUUAGUCGAAGGCGAAGAAUUGACAGUACAAAUAGCGAAACAACUCCAAGUACAUCAUCAAAUCCUACUAGUAAAAGAAGGAGAAUAAAUAGUAAUGGGUCAAUUCCAUCUCAGUCAUCUUUAAUUACUUAUACAUCUUCCAAUCGGAAUAAAAACUCAACUGGAGGCAAAAAGGGCAGUAAAUUACUGGCAUCUUUGCCAUCGUCAUCUGCGUCAACUUCAGCAUUAAAUCCAAUAUUGCCAUCAACUACUUCUACAUCAACACUUUUAGGCGCUACAAUAUCUUCUUCCAUGGCAACAUCUUUAAGAUCGACUAAUACAACAGCACAAGCAACUACGGCAAUAACAACUAUGUCACCAACUUUGUCAUCCAUUACAUCUACAAUGACUGCAAAUGAAAAUCUCAAUCGAUUGACUUCAACCUUAUCUUUGCCUGUUACUAAUUCAUUACAGUCAGCAUCCUCGUCUUCAUUAAACUCCUCAUCUUCAUCGUUAUCAUCUUCAUCACUCAAUUCAGCUGUAUUAUCAACACCAUCUUCACAUGCAUCUUUAUCUAAUGUCUCGCCUUCAACAUCAAAUUUAACAUUUUCUUCUACAUCAAUCUCAACUCCCACUCCACCACCACCACCUCCAACUGUAUCACUGUCCUUACCCAUAGCAUCUUCUUCUCUGAUAUCGCCGCCAUCCUCGUUAACUAUGGUUACAUCGUCAGGGAUGUGCUCGUCAAUACUAGUGCAAUCAACUGCGUCUACAUCUAAAUCAAUGUCAAGCUCAAUAUUCAACUGUUCAUCAUUUUCUCAACCAAUCAAAAGUGAAUUUUCUCCGAGACCGAUCAAAACUGAAAUUCCAUCUAUACUGUCUCUAGGAAGAUCUAAUGGAGGACAGCUUACCUUUGAAGAAAUCGAAAGGCAUUUUGAAUCCAGACCACUUCAGCCUUCUCUUUUAUUACCUGAAAAAACUCCAUUAACUGUCCCAGUUGAGCUAUUUAGUAAUGAAUCUGAACAUGAGUUACCUGAAUCAGAUAAUAAAUCGGAAUAGCUUGUCUAUUAAAAAUCUAACGAUGCACACAGAUUUACAUUGCCAAUCGCUAUCAAUAAAUGUAAACUCUUUCAAUCAUUUUAUGUGCUGACUCUUGCGGAAAACUGAAUUGUAUAACCUUUUUUUAUUUGUCCAUUUCAUGUAAAUAUUAUAUAUUGUACAAAAUAUGCAAAAAAAUUAUAA